AUGCAGUACGACAAGGAGAACAAGCCGGCCGAGUCGCCGUCGCGCUCCCUCGAGCAUGCGACGGAUCUUGACCGCCCCGGCUAUGGCGACGAGCACGUCGAGUGUCCCCCUCACACGACUGAGAGCAAGCUCGUCAGCAAGAUUGACAUGAGGGUCAUUCCCUUCCUCUGCGUCAUGUACCUGCUAGCUUUCCUCGACCGAGUGAACAUCGCCAAUGCGAACGUCUUCGGCCUCAGCACGGAACUGAACCUGAAUGGCACCCUCUACAACAAUGCGCUUGUCGUCUUCUUCGUGCCCUACAUACUCUUGGAGAUUCCCUCCAACAUCCUCCUGAAGAAGUUCAAGCCGCACGUUUGGUUGAGCAUCAACAUGUUUGGAUUUGGUCUCGUCACCAUGCUCCAGGGCUUCGUAACAAACUACGCUGGACUCUGCACCACCCGGUUCUUUUUGGGAGUCUUCGAGACGGGCAUGUUUCCGGGCGCCUUCUACCUCAUCGGCAUGUGGUACCGGCGCCACGAGGCGCAGAGGAGAUACUCGUUCUUCUUCAACAGCACCACUCUCGCAGGAGCCUUCGGCGGUCUCCUCGCUGCAGCGAUCGGAAAGAUGAGUGGCAUCCGCGGCUACGCUGGAUGGCGCUGGAUCUUCAUCCUCGAAGGCCUGUUGACCGUCAUUGUCAGCUUCUUCUUCUACUUUUGGCUUCCCGACUUCCCCGAAGAGGUCAAGUGGCUCACCGACGACGAAAAGGCGUUUGUCUCGGCCCGCCUCCGCGCCGAUCAGGGGCGUUCCGCCGUGGAGCGCAGCACAACCCUCAAGGAUGUCGGCAACAUCUUCAAAGAUUAUAAGGUCAUUGUCGGAGGCUUCAUGUACUUCGGCCUGAUUGUGCCCGCUUAUGGCUACGCCUACUUCGCGCCUGGCAUUAUUCAGACGUACGGCUACGACAGCAUCCAGACCCAGCUGCACAGCGUCCCUCCAUGGGCUGUGGCGUUUGUUUUCUCGAUGAUUAUCGCCUUCAUCUCUGACAAGACGCGCCACCGAUUCCUCUUCGCCAUCUUCGCUAUCUGCGUCGCCAUGGCUGGUUUUGCGAUCUUGAUCUCCGUGCAUAACAACACCUCCGUACAAUACGCGUCUCUAUUCCUAGUGGCGAUGGGUUCUUACACAGCCAUGCCCAUCAUUGUGUGUUGGUUCAACAUGAACUUGGGAGGCCAUCACCGCCGCUCGAUUGGCAGUGCUUGGCAAGUUGGCUUCGGUAACAUUGGUGGAAUCAUUGCCGUCUUUGCCUUCCUGAAGAAGGACGCACCAAAGUACAUCCCCGGAUACAGCAUCUGCAUUGCCUUCGUCAUUUUGAGUGGUCUUGCGUGUCUCAUCUACGCGAUCGCAUGCUGGUCUGCAAACAAGAGCAGGGAUCGGGCUGCCGGACAAUCUACGUUGUCAGAGGAGGAGAAGACUGAGUUGGGAGAUCUGUCUCCUGAUUAUAGAUACCUGUUGUAG